AUGUCCAGCGUAAAAGUCGAUAAAGGUUUCCGAUUAGUAAUUAUUGGUGCUGGACCUACUGCAUUCGGUAUGCUGCAUCGUAUUUAUUCAUUGAUAGCGGAAGGAAUCAUAUCGAAGGAGGACAUACAGAUUAUCGUUCUGGAAAAAGAAGAUGAAGUUGGUGGUUUGGCAAGAUCAGUAACAGAUGAAAAAGGAUUUACGUGGGAUUUAGGUGUACAUGUUUUGGGUGUGUCAAAGUAUCCGGAAUUCGAAAAAGUUAUUAACUCUGUUGUGAAUAAAUGGAAUAAAGUCAGGCGUUCUGCUAAGGCCGAUUUAGCUCAUUUAUUUAAAAGCGAUAAUUCGUGCAGCAACUACGUACCAUAUCCUGUUCAACAUUCUAUUCCCUAUUUUCCACCUAGUAUUAGGCAAAAAUGCAUCAAUGAAUUGAAAGAUCUGCAAGGCUUACCUGUCAAUUGUUCGAACUUUGCUGAAUAUAGUGCAAAUAUAUUCGGAAAUACAUUGUUGGAUAUUUUUAUUAGACCAUACAAUCGUAAGUCACAAGAAACAGUUUAUACAAGUGCUGCUAAUGUUGUGAUUGGAAAAGAAAGUGGAAUUACUGUGUUUGUUUCGGUAUGGACAGUUGAACUGGAAGAAAUGAACGCAUUUUGGGCAUGGAAUCGAAUACCAAAUAUUGAUUUGUCUAGUAUUGAAUUACACUGUGGACGGAGCCGGCAAGAACUUGAAAGUGAUCUUAGAUCAUCUAUGGCAUGCUUCAGAUAUCCGAGAGACUACAAAGGUGUGGGCAAAAUUUGGAAAAAAAUUGCUGAACGAUAUCCAGAGUCCAUUUUUCAUUUUCAAGAAAGAGUACGAGGGAUCGAUAUUAAAGCAAAAAAGGUAAUUACGGAAGAUUUAAAUCGCGAAACACAUUCGUAUGAUUAUAAUGCUGUAUUGUCUACCUUACCGAUUCCUGAACUGUCGAAGAUCUCUGCAGUAAUUAGUGAUGUCAACUUAAAACAUUCCAAGGUAAUCCUUGUUGGUCUUGGUUUGAAAUAUCCACAGUGCGAAUGGACUCAAUUUGUAACGUGGGCGUAUUUUCCAUUACCUGACACUAUUUUUUAUAGAUGCACCUUCUUGUCCAAUUUCAACGAUAACUUAACACCAGAUUGCAAUCAAUUUUGGUCAGUUCUAUGUGAGAUCGGAUUGGAAGCUGACGCCAGUUUUGUUGAAGAAGAAGUUAUAGUUAAAGUAGUUGAAGGUUUGAAGCUCAAAGGCAUAAUAGCUGAUAGUAACGAAAUUGUUGACAAAUGGUUGUGUAUUCUGCCAUAUGGAUAUCCGAUUCCAACUGUUAACAGAGACGAAGAGUUACAACGCUGUCAUGAAGCGUUCCAAGCACAUAAUAUUUAUUCACGUGGACGAUUUGGUGGUUGGAAAUAUGAAAUAUCUAAUCAGGACCACUGCUUCAUAAUGGGCAUGCAGUGUGCAGACCUCAUUCUUCUUGAAGUUAAGGAAACAUUGUAUACUUUUUAA